AUGACUAGUCCCAAUCCUUCUAUUCGUCACAUCUCCAGCAAAAGAGUCAACGCCGUCAGCUUCGAUCGCCAACUGCUUCUUGACAGAGAGAGCCCACAACAGGACUAUCUGGGCAUAACAAAUUCACUAUCGCCACGGAGUUUCUCAUCCCCUCCUACUAAGAACAUAGCACCUGCUUUACACAGACACCUUGUAGAUACUGCUGAUGUAGAAUCUGUUGUUUAUAGAAGUACACCUACGGUUCACCAUUCCAGCAGUCUUCACUAUGUUAAUCCUCCUCCUCCAGGUUCAGAUUCAACAUCUCCUUCAGGCGAUUACAACGAAGGCUACAGCGACUAUAUGCCAGCAACUACGAGACACCUUGAGAACUUGGAGUGGAACGACAUUCUUCCAUACUACUUGCCAUGCAUGUCAUGGAUAAAAGAGUACAAUUUUCGCUAUUUUGUUGGGGACCUCAUCGGUGGAUUGACGUUGGUCUUUUUCCAACUACCACUUUCGCUUUCUUACGCAACAACCUUGGCGAAAGUGCCAGUACUCUCAGGUUUGUUGUCGCUAGGUGUGACUCCCUUGAUCUACGCUGUAUUCGGAAGUGUUCCCCAGAUGGUUGUUGGUCCAGAAGGUCCUAUAUCGCUUAUUGUUGGCCAGGCUGUGGAGCCGCUUUUGCACCAUUCCAACAAGAAGCAUUUGGACCCGCUUGAGUUUGUAGUGGCUAUAACUUUUGUGAGUGGAGCGAGUCUUCUCGGGUUUGGCUUAGGAAGAUUUGGCUUCUUAGAUAACGUUCUUUCUGCUUCUUUGUUGAAGGGAUUCAUAAGUGGAGUCGGUAUCGUUAUGGUUAUAAACGCUUCGAUCGUAGUUUGUGGAUUAGAGAAACUACUUCAGGAAAUUGCCGAUGACCCCAAUGAAAUGGAUAUCCAUUCCCCUUUUGACAAAGUACGAUUCUUCAUUCACCACUACCAAGAAACAAACCCUUUGACUUUUAAGAUCAGUAUGACAGGGUUUGUCAUCAUUAUGGCAUUGAGAAUAUUCAAGAAAUAUGCCGACAAAAGGCCCGAUAAAAGAUUCAGAAAUGCAGCCUACAUCCCAGAAAUCUUAUUGGUUGUCAGUAUUUCAACAUAUCUUUGUUCGAAGUUGCGCUGGGAUCUCGAUGGUAUUUCUAUCAUUGGAAAGAUCAAAAAUGACGGCCUGGUAAAGCUUUAUAACCCAUUCUCCAAGAAGAUCUUGCCAUUGUACAAAACCCUCAGUACAUCGGGAUUCUUGUGCGCAAUGUUAGGUUUCUUUGAAUCUACCACUGCAUCUAAAUCAUUAGGCUCUACUUACGAUUUGCCCAUUUCUUCCAACAGAGAGUUGGUUGCUUUAGGGUUCAUCAAUAUUGUGGCAUCUCUGUUUGGUGGAUUACCUUCUUUCGGAGGUUAUGGAAGAAGUAAGAUCAAUGCAAUGUCAGCCAAGACCACCAUGCUGGGUGCUAUAAUGGGGAUUUGUACCUUAUUUACCGUUUUCUUUCUUCUCGAUUACCUUUACUUUGUUCCUGAGUGUAUGCUCAGUGUGAUUACAGCAGUGAUCGGGAUCCUGUUGAUAGAAGAAGCCCCAUAUGAGUUAUAUUUCCAUUGGCAAAGUGGGGGAUACAACGAGUUGAUCACAUUCGCUGUUACUGUAAUGACUACUUUGUUUUUCUCGAUGGAAGGAGGUAUUGCUGUUGGAUUGGUGUAUCUGUUGAUUCGAGUAAUUAGACAUUCUGCGGAAUCCAGAAUUCAGAUUUUGGGUAGAUACCCAGGUUCGAACACUUUCCUUGAUGCCGAUAUUCCUGAUGCUUCCCUUCUUCAUCUCCAAUUGCUCAACUCACAAUUGAAUGUAUUUGCUGAUGGAAAUUUCACGCACUUGAAUACUCAUGUACUUGAAGAGAUCGAGGGUUGUUUGAUUAUCAAGAUUCCAGAACCAUUGACAUUCACCAACAGUAGCGACUUACGGACCAGACUUCAGAGAGUUGAAAUGUAUGGAUCUACCAAAGCUCAUCCUGCUCUGAAGAGAAGUAGAAGUCCAGCGAUGACAAAGUACAUUAUCUUUGAUUUGCAUGGCAUGACAGAUAUUGAUUCGUCUGCAGCAAAGAUAUUGACCGAACUACUUACAAGCUACAAGAGAAGGAAUAUCCAUUCAUUUUUUGUUAGAGUGAACAAGAAUGCCAGAUUGAGAAUACGAUUACGCAAGACAGGCAUAGUACAGAUGCUUCUUGAUGAUUUAGAGGAUGUAAAAUACUUUGAAGCUCAAAAGAGAUCUGUGUUCUCUCGGAUGCGAGGACGUCGAAGCUUCUCUGAAAUUUCAGCCGAAUACAAUGAAGAAGAAAUAGCUAAUAUCCCUGUGGAUUUAGACGAUACUGCCGAAAUUUACGAUUUGAUAGAAAGCAACGAAGAGCCCUACUUCAACCAUAUCAGUGAUGCGUUGAAGGUCAUUGAUUUCUACGAAGUGAAUGAAUGUACUCGUACCAGCGAGUACUUAGAAGUGGAUCAGAUGGAGAGACGAUCCAGUCUCCCAGAAGAUAUUCUUGUUUGA